AAGAGUGGGUUACAUUCAAGGCCGCUUUGGAGAAUGGACAAGCUCGCGGGAGGUGUCAUCCGAUAUUCGGAAAGUCGCCGACGUAUGGCUUCUUUCAAAGUAAAGAAGUCAAGAAAAUGGGCGCAAACGCAGGCUUCCCCGGAAAACUGCUACCCAACCUCGUCCGACAUGCAAGUCAGAUAAGGUAGCAAUUAGCAGCACGUAUCUCCCGCCAACGGAAACACUUUCAGAACCAAAAUUUAUGGGAGUGAACAUGGUCACUGCAAGGAUCCCAAGAUAAGAUGGUCCUAUAUAUCGGUUGGAAUAUCACGAGCUCUAGACGAAUGUUCCCCGAACAAUGCAAACGGACAUACAAACGUAAACGUUUGCAACCCCUCAUUAAUCACGGCGAUCAUGGCAAAAAAAGCGGCGCGCAGGAUCAGAGAGGCCCUGACUCUCAAGUCGGACGAGUCUCGCCACGAAGAAGUCAGCGCCUGGUCGAACCGCGACCUCAUUCCCCUGCCGCCCUCCCGCCGGACCUGGGGCUGGUUCAACUUCUUCGGCUCCUGGUCUUUAUCGUCCCUCAACGUCGCAACAUGGCAGACCCCCAACACGUUUCUCACCCAGGGACUCUCUGUCGGCCAGGCCAUGGCCGUCAUCGUCGUCUCCCGCGCCCUCUGCUGUUUCUUCGCCAUCCUCGUGGCUUGGUGCGGUCUGACCUGGCAUAUCGGCUUUACCGUCCAGAACAGAUACACAUGGGGCUUUCGAGCGAGUUACAUCCCGCUGCUGCAGCGCAUUCUCCUCAACUUCAUCUGGACCGCUCUCCAGUGUUGGAAUGGAGGUAAACUAGUAACCGUCUGCAUAACCGCAAUCUGGCCCUCCUUCGCAAAGAUCCCCAACACCCUCAGCGGAAAUACCCCAACAACAACCUACGAACUCCUAGGCUUCACAAUCUUCUGGACCGUCUCCCUCCCCUUCCUCUUCAUCCGCCCCGAACGCUUCAAGAAGCCCUUCUUCGUCUCCUCCUGCGCCUGCGGCGCAGCCAUGGUCGCCAUGGUCGUCUGGUCCGUCGCCAUCGCUCACGGCGUGGGACCCGUCUUCUACCAGGGCCAAAAAGUGCCCGCCUCGUCGCGCUGGAGCGCCUCGUGGCUGAUGAUGGCGGGGAUCAACCAGGCCAUUGGCGGGAAAGCGGCGGGUAUGACGAAUAGUAGCGACUUUUCGCGGUAUGCGAAGAAUAAGAGGGAUUAUAUCGUCGGCACGGUGUCGGUGUACUGGGUCACUGGCGUGCUUGUAUGCCUGGGCGGGUUAGUGACUACUGCGGCGUGCCAGAAGAUUUAUGGGCAGAUUUAUUGGAAUCCGCCUGAUUUGUUGAUGGUCAUGAUGGAUCACGGACAAGGCUCCUCCGGCUCCCGCGCCGCAGUCUUCUUCCUUGCCCUCGCCUUCGCCUUCACCUCCAUGUUCGAAAACGUCUGCUCCAACGCCGUAGCAGGCGGCAUCGACCUCGCCGGCCUCUUCCCGCGCUACCUCGACAUCCGCCGCGGCGCCCUCCUCACCUUUGCCGCCGCCUGGAUCAUCCAGCCCUGGCAGCUCAUUAACCAGGCUGCCACCUUCGUCGCCGUUCUCAACUCGUUUGCCGUGUUCCUCGCGCCCAUCAUGGGCGUGAUGGUCUGCGACUACUUUAUCCUGCGCCGUCGGCGUAUCCGGCUGUCGCACCUGUUCCUUCCCGAGGGUUCCGACUAUUGGUAUCAGCAUGGUGUUAACUGGAGGGUGAUUCCGUGCUGGGUUGCGGGCUGGGCGCCGACCGUGGGCGGGUUGAUUGUGAGUGCCGGGGGCAUUAGCGGUGCACCUGACGCGGUGUAUGAGUUGUAUUAUGUUGCGUUCUUCAUUGGGUUUUUGAUUUCGUUUGUUCUUUUUUGGGGGGCGAAUGUCCUGUUUCCUAUUGAGGGUCUUGGGGAGUUUGACGAGGUGGAUGUACAUGGUACGUUCACGGCGAGCGAGGCGGCCAAGUUGGGGGUUGCGCCUUGCGAGGAAGAGACUAUUGUGUCUGGGUUUGGCAAGGAAGAGGGCAUGGUGAGUUUUGCGGGAGAGGUUCUGGAAGAUGCUUGUGGCAAGGGAGCGCGGUGGUGGAAGUUGAGGCGUCACUGAGGAAACAAUGAACCUGUGGUUCAUUGAUGAGGUCUCUUGACUGGGUAAGUGGAAGCAUUAUUUCAACAGGGCCUACUUGAUGGUCGAAUGGACGUUCGUCGGCCUACACAUUUACAAUCAACGACCUUCCGUGGCUGGCAAGACCGCGAAGCGAGACUC